AUGAUUGUAGAAGAAGAGAUAAAAGUGAGCCAGGAUAAACAAGAAGAGGGAGAAGAAGAGGAAGAAGAGGAGGAAGAAGAUCAAAAUAAUAAUAUCGAUACAAACGAUGGCAAUAAUAAUAGUACAAAAAAAGAUACAAGGCUUAACAAUAAACAAAAUCACGCCAAAAAUUAUCAAACAAAAAAACGCAGUAAAGACUUAAAGAAGCAUGAAUUUGAAGAUAUAUUGGAUUAUAUAUCUGUCUUGGAGAAAAAAGUUGAUUAUUUAAUCAAUACGAAAACUGAAAAAGAAAAUUUAAAUCCAAAUGUUAAAUCUUUUGUUCCUUUUUUUACUGAUACAGCAAAUAAAAAGCAUAAUGACGAUGAAAAUAACAAUCAUGUAGCCGAUACAAAAAGUUUGAAAAGACCAGGCGACAAACAAAUUAUGGCGUCUUCUUUAGUAAACAAAAAGCAAAAGAAUUUGUCUCAUAAACAAGGCCAAGACGUGCUUGUCAAACAAGUUUCAAACUUGGAAAAUGACAAAAAACAACAUCAAAAUACAAAAGAACGGAAAAAAAAUGUUGACGGUUCUUUAGGGAUUUUAGCAGACGUUGUUAGUAAUGCAGAUCUUGACCAUGAAAGUGGUACUGAGGCUGCUAAUAAUUCACGAGUGGAGAUCUGUUCUUCCUUACAGACAGCUGAGCUUAAAGAAACGAUUAGACAACAUAUACACAGUGAUUUACUACCUGUUUUUGAUUCCAUUGAUAUUUCAUGUAUGUACGAAAAUCGUACUCAACAAAAAAUUGUAUGCGAAAUGAUUGAAACCCCAAGUCUCCAAGAAUUACCAUAUUUUGCUUUAAUGGAAGAAAUAGCUAGCGUUUUGGUGUCUUAUUAUAAAUUGCAAUUAAUAUUCCCCUUAGAAGAUUAUGAUGUUAUUGGUAUUUUACAGAAAUGGAAAAAAGAUGGCUUCGCAUCUUUAAAUAAUUCACAUUUGUUGAUUCUAAAUAUUUUAUCCGCCAUAACAUGUAGAUUGUUACAACACGAGACACAGGUCUCUACUAAAGAUGAACAACAUAGAUUAAAAGUAUACCACGCUUCCUUGAAAGAUUUAGUUUGGUUGAGGAAAUAUGAAGAUAUUUUCUUCAAUAAUUCUUUAUUGUAUUAUCAAAGUAUUAGCAUGUUCCCUGACGGAUUGUAUUCUGUCCAAGGCAUACUAUGCUUGAUUAUAUCAUUACCAUUAAUAGGCGUCGAACUAUCUAGAACACUAAUGUUGUCAACAGCAAUUAGAAUUGCACAAGAUUUUGGUUUACAUUCUGAAUUAUUUUUAAAUGCUACCAAAAAUACAAGAAUGAAGGCGAAAAAAAAAAGAAUAUGGUGGUUUUGCUGCUUUGCAGACAAACUUAUUGCCCGCAAAUUUUGUAGACCUUGUAUGAUUUUAGACUAUACCACCACUGUUAAAUUUGAACCGGAAGGUAAGCUAGCACUGCUUGAGUUGGUAAACUCAGCAGAAAAAAAUUCAUCUCCAUUAUCGUCACAAAACACUAACUUUUGUGACAUCAAGGAUGAUUUGGUCAAAUAUAUUUUGGACACAGAUGGUGCUGGCCCCUUAUCACAAUAUUAUUUCGACAAACUUUCUUCUUCAUGGUUUUCUAAUCAAAAUUUCUGUACAUAUCCGUCUGUACAACAUAUGCAGGAAGUGCGAGAAAUGGUGGAAGCCUUUUUAGACGGCUUACCUAACUGUAUGAGAGAUUUAACAAAAUGUGCCAAUCUAGGUGAUAACGCAUUUUUCAUUUAUUUAAUUCAUUCAGCUUAUUACGACACAUUAUCCUAUUUAUCUUCUCAUAUACCAGGGACCAGUUAUAUAAUGGAAUAUGACAUAAAAAAAUUGGAAAUCCUAUGUUUAAUGAAGAAAUUUAAAACUUGGACUUUGUUUCAGGAAAUGGAGUCUCACUUUAUUCUUGCCUUUUUGAGAAUUUAUAAAUAUACCAUUGGCCAUGAAGUGGAAAAAAAAAAAUAUGUUGCAAAUUUCAAGUUUUUGUUAAAUUUCUUAGAUAAUUUCUAUGGUAAUAGAUACAAAGUUUGGGCGUCCUACCCUAAUCCAUGGAUGUAUGAAAAAAUUACCGUAUUUAAGAAGUUGAUGGAAGUGUUAAAGGAUGAGGGUGUAUUCAAAUGGCCAGACAUAGAUUAUACUUUGAAUUCUACAGAAAAAGUAGCAUUAGAAAGGCUAUAA